AGAGCAUUUCCGGAAUCUCUCGGCUGCUUGGCGUGGUGUCCGUGCGGAAGCGUGCUCCUUGAUUUGCGUGCUUCUGCCUGGUUCAUUCGCGUUCCCGCGAGCUUGUUUCCUGGCUUCAUGGCCGGGCUCACCCUGUUCGUGGGCCGCCUCCCUCCUUCGGCCCGCAGUGAGCAGCUGGAGGAGCUGUUCAGUCAGGUGGGGCCGGUGAGGCAGUGCUUCGUGGUGACUGAGAAAGGGAAGAAGGCAUGCCGAGGCUUUGGCUAUGUCACGUUUUCUAUGCCAGAAGAUGUUCAGAAGGCCCUUAAGGAGAUCACCACCUUUGAGGGCCACAAGAUCAACGUGAGUGUUGCCAAGAAAAAACUGAGGAACAAAACCAAGGAAAAAGGAGGAAAGGAAAAUUCAGAGUCCCCAAAGAAGGAGCAGAAGCCUGAAAAAGCCAAAGUAGCAGAUAAGAAAGCCAGAUUAAUUAUUCGGAAUCUGAGCUUUAAGUGUUCAGAAGAUGACUUGAAGACAAUAUUUGCUCAAUAUGGAGCUGUCCUGGAAGUUAACAUCCCUAGGAAACCAGAUGGAAAGAUGCGUGGUUUUGCUUUUGUUCAGUUCAAAAACCUCCUAGAAGCAGGAAAGGCUCUCAAAAAUAUGAACAUGAAAGAGAUAAAGGGGCGGACAAUAGCUGUGGAUUGGGCUGUGGCAAAAGACAAAUACAAAAAUACACAGUCUGCCUCUGCCCCAGGUGAGGAGAAGAGACCUGAACCUCAACAUCAGAAAUUAGGUAAAGAGAAUGGCAGGAAAGAAGAGGGCAGGGGAGAAGAAGAGGAUGAUGAUGAUGGUGAUAUGGAAGAAGAGGAGGAGGAGGAGGAGGAUCGUGAUAGUGAUAAUGAAGAGGUGGAGAAGAAUAAACAAUCAAAGGUGACCAAGCCUGUGGAAAUUCAUAAGAGAGUCACCAAGAGAGCAGCGCCCGCAAAAAGCAGUGAAGAGGAUCAGUCCGAGGAGGACAGCGACCUGGAGGAAAGUGACAGAGGUGAUAGCGGAGAGGAACUGGGUCAGAGCGAUGCCGACACUGAAGAGCGGGAGGAUGAAGAUGUACAAGUCUCAAAGAAAAAGAAGAGGAAAUUACUCUCUGAUGUGAAUGAAGGGAAAACUGUUUUCAUAAGAAACCUGUCCUUUGACUCAGAGGAAGAAGAACUUGGUGAGCUCCUCCAGCAGUUCGGAGACCUUAAAUAUGUCCGCAUUGUGUUGCAUCCAGACACAGAGCAUUCUAAAGGUUGUGCAUUUGCUCAGUUCACGACUCAAGAAGCAGCUCAGAAAUGCCUUGCAGCUGCUUCUCCAGAGACCGAGGGUGGUGGGCUGAAACUAGAUGGCCGGCAGCUCAAGGUUGACUUGGCAGUGACCCGCGAUGAGGCUGCAAAGCUCCGGACAAAGAAGGUGAAGAAGCCAGCUGGAACCCGGAACCUCUACCUGGCCCGAGAAGGCUUGAUCCGUGCUGGGACGAAGGCUGCAGAGGGUGUGAGCGCCGCUGAUAUGGCCAAAAGAGAACGGUUUGAGCUACUGAAGCAUCAGAAACUGAAGGACCAGAAUGUCUUCGUCUCCCGCACCAGGCUUUGCCUGCAUAACCUCCCCAAGGCCGUGGAUGACAAACAGCUCAGAAAGCUGCUGCUGAAUGCCACUCGAGGGGAGAAGGGGGUGCGCAUCAAGGAGUGUAAGGUGAUGCGAGACCUCAGAGGAGUGCCUGGGAAGGUGAAGGGUCAAUCCCUGGGCUACGCCUUCGCCGAGUUCCAGGAGCACGAGCACGCCCUGACAGCCCUGCGCCACAUCAACAACAACCCGGCCAUCUUCGGGCCUCAGAAGAGACCAAUAGUGGAGUUCUCUCUGGAAGAUCGAAGGAAGCUUAAAAUAAAGGAACUGAGGAUGCAGCGCAGCCAGCAAAAAGUGAAAUCCAAGUCCACAACUGGUGAGCCCCAGCAGAAGCAACGGGAGCUUAGAAAAGGCCAGAAACAGAAAGCAGAUCAAAACCACACACGAGAACAAAGCCAGGCCUCCCCAGAGCAGAAGGGGAAGGAGAAGGGGAAGGUGGGCUCUACCUCAUGGUCAGGAUUCCAGACCAAGGCUGAAGUGGAGCAUGUGGAGCUGCCUGAUGGAAAGAAGAGAAGAAAGGUGCUGGCACUGCCCUCACACCGAGGCCCCAAGAUUAGGUUGAGGGACAAAGGCAAAGUGAAGUCUCUCCCUCCCAAAAAGCCGAAGCCCCAGAUGAACCAGUGGAAGCAAGAGAAGCAGAAAUUAUCCUCCAAGCAGGUACCUAAGAAAAAAGCUAAGGGAAAUAAGACAGAAAUUCGCUUCAACCAGUUGGUCGAACAGUAUAAGCAGAAGUUAUUGGGACCUUCGAAAGGAGCGCCUCUUGCAAAGAGGAGCAAAUGGUUUGACAGCUGACGACGCCCGCAGACUGGAUGAGAAGCUGGAUUGUGUGCGUCUUGGUAAAGCUCCCUGGCUCCUUCCUGCCCCCACCCCCAGCCGUGUCUGUACUGAGGGAAAGAAAGCCCCCGAGUGCACCGCCAGUUUGUUGGGGGGCUCCCUGGGAUACACACAUCUGGACUUUGUGUGUGGGUAGUUAACCAUAAAGAGAAAAUACCAGAAAAACAUUGUGAUCCUUGCACAUUAUCUGGAUUAUCAUGUGAAGUUGUGUCUGUAAUUGCUACCCAUUUUAAUUCUCUGUUUCUCAAAUGGAAACAAGUGUAAAAUGCAUUCUUGAGUGCCGAAUUUUUAAGAUGUAUAUUUUAAGUGUCUUCUCUAAAUAAUAUAUUUUGUGGCUUUUUGAAAAUCAGACUCUCAUUUCUAAUAUAUGUGAAUCCUUUAUUAUUUAUGAACAUUUUUGACAUCCCCAACUCUAAUUCAGUUACAGAGGCCUACGUACUGCAGGAACUGAUUAAGAUAGAGCAGAGAAAAAUGAUUUCCAACCUAAUCUCUGAGGGUGGGAGAAACUGGAAAAGUAAUUGAGGGCAGGGGGCCCGGCAGGUAGCAAUAUGUGAUACCUGCUUGCCAAAUGAGGGGGCUGUUGUUGGCAGUGGACAAGAUAUCAGUUUGCAGUGGUCCACAGACACUAGUCUGGCUGGUGACAAUCCGCACUUUCUAUCACUCAGUGCCUCCGCCUGGCGACUCAGAGAGGGAGGGGGAGGCUGGCAGGGCAGUGAGCUGGAGGCCUAGGCCGCAGCCCCACCUGCCUUAACCUAAUGGACGGCCCGGAACCAGACGCAGACUCUCUGGAUCUUACUUUACUCGUCUGUGGAAGGAGGAGUUUAACCAAAGGCUUUGUGUGUACCUUCCCGGCUCUAAACUCUAUUAUUUAUGCGUGUUCAUAUUCUUUCUCUUAUUAACCUCAGAGAAGGUAGAGCUGACUUUCAUUACUUUUCAGAGUUUACGGUGUCACAAAAGCUGGGAGGGAUGGUGAAUAUUAAGAGACUCAAGGUCCAGAAAGAUCACGGUAGCCUCGAGGGAUGGACUGGACUACGUUCGAUAAGAUGAAAAUCACAGGGAACAAACAUAAAUUUCCUCUGGUGGGAGAGUUUGAGGCGGUAGGUUCUGCAUCAUGAAGAAAGAGCACCGCUGCCACAGUGUAACAGGCUGUCUUCGCGGAGCUGGGAUGUCUCGGGUGAGCUGCCUGUUCUCUGAGCCGGCCAGACCGCGCCUGUGAGACCCGUGUAAUGAGGAAGUUGGUCAAGAAUUUCACAGUAUCAGAUGGAAACUAAAUUGGUCAUGAGUUGGUUGUUGUUGAUCAU